AUGUCCGUUUCUGCCCUGUCGCCCACCUUAGCAGUGUCGCCUGCUUCCGAGAUCUCUCAAGCCGAUAUGUACUUUCUGGCGGCCCGUGCCCGAUCUAAGCUCACUAAAGAGGCAGCUCGUCACGAUCACGACUUGCGUGUGCUUGUGACCCACGCCAAUCUUUUGGAUAAUGUUAUGGAUUCACUUGCUGAUGCCAGAAGACAAGCCAGAAAGGCCCAACUUGAGAAGAUGAAGCAGAUGCAAAUGCCCACACAACACAAAUCUACUACUACUACCGUAUCUACUGGUAACACAGUCAAGGUCACUUUCGACCUUCCUAAGAAGCACAAUAUUAGUAACAUUCAAAUCAUUGAAGAAGAGUCUGAACUCGAGGAGAACGAGUCGGCUGAUAACGAGAAGGAGCUCAUGGUUGUCACUUCACUCCACACCCCAUCUAUCAGCAGUCGAGAGAUUGCUGAAGAUGAUGAUGAAGACGACUAUUACAGUUCAUCUGAUUCCGAUUCUGAUGAGUACGAGUCGGACGACUAUUCCGAGUCUGACGAGGACGAGGAAGACGAUGAGUAUGAAUACCAAUACCAGCAUCAUCAUGAAGACGAAGAAGACAUUGUCGACAUUGAUCUUGACAUUGUCGAUUCUCUGCAUUCUACACAAUCAUCCACCUACCGGGGCAUGCCUACCAUUGAAGAAGAAGCUGUUGUUGACGAUAACAACAAAGACAGCUAUACACCACGCGUUGCUGCUGAUAACGAGUCGGAACCAUCACUGUCUUACUCGUCCUCAGAAGAAGACAACGACGACGAAGACCAGCAUCACCAGGAGUACAUGGCAGCAUCUCCCGCUCCCAUCUACAAGAACUACAAGAUGAACUCGUCACAAACACAGCUCGGCCUCGUCCAGCCUGUUUACUAA